AUGGAAGUCGCAGCGCACGCGGACGACUACAACGCGUCGUUCCGCGACACUGUGUGGCUCCAGUCGUUCCCACUGACCCCGCAGACGGUGCUGCACUACUUUGCCCUAUCCCCGUUCUACGACCGCUCGUGCAACAACGAGCGCCUCAAGAUGCAGCGAUUAGGGCUCGACCAGCUCCAGAACUUGCGCGGGAUCGAGUACGAGCUCCUGCCGAACGCGGCCAAGCAGUUGCCCCAGCAGCUCUACGUCGUCCGGAAGCAGCGACGGAGCAGCCGGACGCAGGUUGAGCCGCUCGCGGUCUACUACGUGCUGGAUGGUACCGUGUACCAGGCCCCAAACAUCCACGCAAUGCUGACGUCUCGCCUCAAAAAGUGCAGCUAUCGCAUCAAUAAAGCGUUCCACGGGUUGGCAGCGGGUGUGCGGUUUAGCCCGACAGAAGGGUAUGCGUGGGAUUUUAGCUCCAAGGAGAAGAAGGAGCCGGUGAUUCCGUCGGAGCAGCUGCAGCUGAAACUGAAGCAGAAGUACGAGAAGAUGGAAAAGCAGCGCGAGAACUCGGCGCGCGUCGACUCGAUCUUGAUCCAACUCAUGAAAAAACACGCACCAGAAAUUGCCGAAAAGCUAGAGAACAACAAUGCUGCAGCUGCUGCUCGAGCUGCAGGGCGCGACGUAGCUGGGGUCGAAGGAGCAGUAACGGCGGGUGUCGUACCAACGCACGACAAGGCCGAGUCUGCGAGUGCAGCAGCGGCCGUCAAGCGGCAGAAGGUUUCAUGA